AUGCAGUGGGCCGCAGCCGCCCUGGCCUCGGCGGUGAUCGCUCUGCUUCUGGACACGGCGGCCGCGAGGCAUCACCAUCGUUCCGGCAAUGGGCACAAACCAACCGGUGACAUCUCCCUCUGGAUCGACCAGCAACAGAUCAAAAUGUUCAGCGGGGUCGAAAUGGAAAUAUUCGCGAUUACCGAGGGUAGAGUCUUGUCUUAUCUGUUGGAUCCAGAAUUCGAGAGCAAACUUCCGAUGAUUCCAAGCGAGGUAACGUAUGUGAAUUUCACAUGGAAAUCUGGUGUUAAAAAAUACGUCUAUAACUUUUAUCGACUGAAAUCGUUUGAUGAAUCGAUCCUGAAAACUCCAUCUAUCACAAUCAAAACGCAAGGAAGAGUCCCCAGGAGACCCAAGGAAUUCAGCGUGCUAUUACCCUGUUCCGGUAAUAAUUCGGGCAUUGCGCAAUUGGGCAUCGGUCUGAUGAUUGAAUCACGUAAGGGGAAACCUUUAAACGGGACACCCCUUCGACUUAACCUGAGAAAAGAAUGCACCGUGCGCGAACCUAAUCCUGGACCUUGUCCAGAUGGAUAUUUAGGUCCACCUAAUUGCAACAAAGCAUUGUGUUAUCCAAAUUGUAUGAAUGGUGGCAAUUGUACAGCUCCUGGUAUUUGUUCAUGUCCAGCAGGAUUUCAAGGACCAUACUGUGAAGGAGGUAUAUGUGCAGAAAAAUGUUUAAAUGGUGGGAAAUGUGUCCAGAAAGAUACUUGUGAAUGUCCAAAAGGUUACUUUGGAUUACGUUGUGAAUUCUCAAAGUGUGUAAUACCCUGCUUAAAUGGAGGGAAAUGUAAAGGGAACAAUGUAUGCAGAUGUCCUGCAGGUUUUAAAGGUGACCAUUGUGAGAUUGGUAGACGAUCUCCACAACGUUCAGCUUGCACAAGAGCAUGUAGAAAUGGAACUUGUCAACCUGAUAAUACAUGUCUUUGUGAGCCUGGUUGGUUUGGAAAGUUAUGCAACAAAAACAAACCUUGGGCUUGA